AUGGCUGCUUGUCAAACUCGUCAAUCAGCCUGCCAUCCACAUCUACAUCCCUCAAUCUCAGUAUUGAGGAGCAAUGUACAAAUGAAGGGCAUCACAGUCCCAAUCAAUAGGGAAAAAAUUGAGCGGCAAUUGUACAAAUUGAAGGCAUCACAGUCCCAAUCAAUAGGGAAAAAAUUGAGCGGUCUAAAAAAUCUGUUGGAGUGUGUGGAUGAUUCACUUCAACUGCAAAGUGCUAAGCAGACUCUUUCUCAUGAGAGGCAAAGCUUGUGUGCAGAAAAUGCAUUGAAUGGAUCUCUUGAGCUAUUGGAUUUGUGUGACACCACAAGAGGUUUUUUCUCACAGAUGAAAGAAUAUUUGCAAGAACUCGAAUUAUCUCUCCGUAGAAGAAAAGGGACAAGUGAAGUUGAUGCAUACAUGGUGUCAAGAAAGCAAUUGAACAAAUUGAUUAAAAAGUGUCUAAGAAAUUUGAAUAGAAAAGAGAGGAAUUGCUCAACAGAAGCAUUGUACAAUAACUCCAACGUGAUCAGCAUGCUAAGAGGUGUUGAGGAAAUGAGCUUUGCAGUGUUAAAGUCCAUUUUAUCUUUCAUUUCUCAGCCAAAGGCAAAAACAAAGUCCUCUGUCAUCUCAAGGCUAAUGCAAUCCAAGCGUGUGUCAUGUGAAGUGGAAGUUGAAGACAAUGAAGUUGGGAAUAUUGAUUCUGAAUUGCUUAUCCUAAAGUCAAGCAAAGAUAUCAAUUGUUUACAACUUCAAAAUGUUCUUAAAGGAUUGGAAUCAUUGGAAUCAACCAUUCAGGAAGCAGAGGAGGAACUUGACUGCAUCUAUAGGCAACUGGUCAAAAUCAGAGUUUCCCUUCUCAAUAUUAUGAAUCAUUAG